GCUUCUCCUCCCGCCGCCUCCGCCGCCGCGCUCCGCGGCCUGGGCCUCCCGCCGCCACCAUGCCCUACGCCUUCAAGCCCGGGGACUUGGUGUUCGCAAAGAUGAAGGGCUACCCGCACUGGCCCGCCCGGAUUGAUGAGAUUGCCGACGGUGCGGUGAAGCCCCCUCCCAACAAAUACCCCAUCUUCUUCUUCGGCACCCACGAAACAGCUUUCCUGGGGCCCAAGGACCUGUUCCCCUACGACAAGUGCAAGGACAAGUACGGCAAGCCCAACAAGAGGAAAGGCUUCAACGAGGGGCUUUGGGAGAUCCAGAACAAUCCACAUGCCAGCUACAGUGCCCCUCCGCCCGUGAGCUCUUCAGACAGCGAGGCCCCCGAGGCCGACCCUGCGGGCAGGAGCGACUCGGACUCGGACGAUGAGGAGCGGGGGGUCAUGGCCGUGACCGCCGUGACGGCCGCAGCCGCCAGUGACAGAAUGGAGAGCGACUCGGACUCGGACAAGAGCAGCGACAACAGCGGCCUGAAGCGGAAGACGCCGGCGCUGAAGAUGUCGGUCUCCAAGCGAGCACGCAAGGCCUCCAGCGACCUGGACCAAGGCAGUGUGUCCCCGUCCGAAGAGGACAACUCGGAGAGCUCCUCGGAGUCGGAAAAGACCAGCGACCAGGACUUCACACCCGAGAAGAAGGCCGUGGCCCGGGCGCCAAGGCGGGCACCACUGGGGGCACGGAAAAAGAAGGCCCCCUCCGCCUCGGACUCGGACUGCAAAGCUGAUUCGGACGGGCCCAAGGAGGAGCCCGUGACUGCAGCGAGGUCACCAUCCUCCUCUUCCUCCUCCUCCUCCUCCUCCUCCUCCUCCGGCUCUCACGUCUCUGUCAAGAAGCCUGCUCGGGGCCGGAAGCCAGCUGAGAAGCCCCCCCCAAAGCCCCGAGGGCGGAAGCCCAAGCCGGAGCGGCCUCCGUCCAGCUCCAGCAGUGACAGUGACAGCGACGAAGUGGACCGCAUCAGUGAGUGGAAGCGGCGGGACGAGGAGCGGCGGCGGGAGCUGGAGGCCCGGCGGCGGCGGGAGCUGGAGGAGGAGCUGCGGCGGCUGCGGGAACAGGAGCAGCAGGAGAAGGAGAGGCGACGGGAGCGGGCGGAGCGCGGGGAGCCUGGGCGCGGAGGCAGCGGGGGCAGCAGCGGCGAUGAGCUGCGGGAGGAGGAGGAGCCCGUGAAGAAGCGAGGCCGCCGGGGCCGGGGCCGCGGGCCGCCGUCCUCCUCCGACUCGGAGCCCGAGGCCGAGCCUGACCGCGAGGUCAAGAAAUCAGCCAAGAAGCUGCAGCUCCCAAGCACAGAGUCGGCCAGGAAGCCGAGCCAGAAGGAGAAGAGGGGGCGGCCCGAGGAGAGGCCCCGAGCCAAGCCCGCGAAGGUGGAGCGGACCCGGAAGCGGUCUGAGGGGUUCCAGCCGGAGAAAAAGGUGGAGAAGAAGAAAGAACCUUCCGUGGAGGAGAAGCUACAGAAGCUGCACAGUGAGAUCAAGUUCGCCCUGAAAGUGGACAACCCGGAUGUGAAGAGGUGUCUGGGCGCGCUGGAGCAGCUGGGGACCCUGCAAGUGACUUCUCAGAUCCUGCAGAAGAAUACGGAUGUGGUAGCCACGCUGAAGAAGAUCCGCCGCUACAAAGCCAACAAGGAGGUGAUGGAGAAGGCAGCGGAGGUGUACACGCGGCUCAAGUCGCGGGUCCUGGGGCCCAAGAUCGAGGCGAUCCAGAAAGCGAACAAGGCAGGCCCCACAGACAAGGAGAAGGCCGAGGCAGAGAAGGCCGGAGAGGCGCUGCCGGGGGAGGAGCCCCCCAAGGAGAAGGCCGAGGCGGAGCCCAGCGCCGACCUUUCAGCGCCCGUGAAUGGCGAGGCCACAUCCCAGAAGGAGAGCACAGUGGACAAGGAGGCCGAGGGUGAGCCGCACUUGGAGGAGGGACCGGGCUGCGGCUCCUCAGAAGACCUGCACAACAAGCUGCAGGAGGGCCCUGAGCUGGACAGGCCUGGGAGUGAGCAGCCGGAGCACGAGAGGGUGCGGUUACACUCGGAGUCCCCGGACGAGGAGAGCUGAGCGGGUCAGUCCGGCCUGGCCCCGGCCCCGAGCUCGCCGCACGUAGCCCCAGCCCACCCCGUCCCUCCCCAGCCUCCCAGGAGAGCCGAGAACUUGUGGGGGGACACCACGCUGUUUGUUUGUAUUUGUCCCCUUGGAUUUUCUUCUGCCUCGUUUCUCUGAUUUCCGACCGACAUGAAAUGACUAUAAAGGGUUUUUUUAA